CGUGUCAGCACCAGGAACAUGCCAUGAAGCAAUUGCCCUUUUCAGCGCCUCGUAUCCACUCCACCAAUACUAGUACUUGCAUGGGGCGAGAUAUUCGGCCACACCUCCUCGUGCGUUCCCAGUCCGACUCUCUUGAGUGGUCAAAUCCAACGGCAUUACGGCUCAGGAUGUACGGCAUGAAACACAGGGUAUCACCGUGGCGGAAUUCCACAGAAUGGCCCCCAACCCGGAGAGACAAUCACCCCCGACUUGCAUCCAGCACAGCUACACUAUAUAAUAAAGCACCAGUUCAGUUUCCAAUCCCCCCAUUCUCAAUCCACCAACACCACUGAAACCCACCAACCCACCAUGCAGCUCCUCAACUUCCUAUACCUGCUGGCAUCCGUCCAGCCCAUCCUCGCCACCUCCCUCAUCAACUUCUCCGCUGCGGCGGGCGACAACCCCUCCACCCUCGGCAUCCUCGACCUGGAGGAAGCCCGCGGCGACAAGAUCUCCUCCAACAUCGCGGACCUCUAUGCCAAACUGGGCACCGAUUCCAAAGGCACGGCGGCGCUCCACUACCACCGCAAAGAGGGCUAUAUUCGCGCCGAGUACCACGCGUUAUCCAACAAGCUUGAGGAUGAUAAGACAUACUACAUCGGAUAUAAGUUCUCUCUGGGGGUAAUCGAGGAGAGUUUGAUGAUUUUUCAAUUCAAAGCCUACGAAGGCAACGACGCCACCACCGGCGGCGCCAACAUCCCCCUCUCGCUCGAAUUCAAGAGCGGCCAACUCCACUUCCAAUACCAGGCCGAUUACUCGGCCCAACGCGAGCCGCAGUGGUCCAAGACCCUCGACACAGACACCGUCUACUCCGCCGGCAUCGUCAUCCACACCGGCAAGCCCGGCUGGGUGGAGUUCUACUUCGACGGCGAGCAGCAGACCUUCUCGACGUCCAAGUCCACGAAACUGGUCGCCAAUACCUGGGAUGGUCGUAAUGAGCCAAAGUUCGGGGCUUAUCGGGGCGAGGCAGUGGAGAUUAAUACUUACGUUUAUAAUGUGCAGAUUGGGACGGAGUUGAGUGAUAUUGAGGAGGCAGCGGGUUUGACGUCCUCGGCUGGGGGGUCUACGUCUACGACUUCUGCUACUUCGUCGGCUGCUUCGGUGACGGCGACGUGUUCUUGGGAGGGUCAUUGUGCGGGUGCUUCGUGUGAGACGUACAAUGACUGUUCUGAUGAUCUUGUCUGCACUGAUGGGGCUUGUGCUUCGCCUUGAGGGAAUGUGCAUUCUUGACGGCUCCGGAGGGAUUUUCGAGGUUCUGAUAAUUCUAAUUGUCAAAUUUACAAGGUGAACCGUGUGCAGUGUGAUGGAAAUAGUUUAAUACCAAGUUGAGGUUUUCAUGGGAUGGGAUGUUCCAGAAAUAGACACCGUGUGGCCAUUAUAGAGAUAUUCGAGACCGGAGAGGUGGAGGAAAUACAGC